GGGGGCGCUGUGUGGCUCCCGAGUAAGCUCAGCGCGCCCGGGGCCGGGCGGAAGCGGCUCUCUGGCCUAAGCUUUAACAGGCUUCGCCUGUGCUUCCUAUUUCCUCUUUUACCAAGGACCCGCCAACAUGGGCCGCGUUCGCACCAAAACCGUGAAGAAGGCGGCCCGGGUCAUCAUAGAAAAGUACUACACGCGCCUGGGCAACGACUUCCACACGAACAAGCGCGUGUGCGAGGAGAUCGCCAUUAUCCCCAGCAAAAAGCUCCGCAACAAGAUAGCAGGCUAUGUCACGCAUCUGAUGAAGCGGAUUCAGAGAGGCCCAGUAAGAGGUAUCUCCAUCAAGCUGCAGGAGGAGGAGAGAGAAAGGAGAGACAAUUAUGUUCCUGAGGUCUCAGCCUUGGAUCAGGAGAUAAUUGAAGUAGAUCCUGACACUAAGGAAAUGCUGAAGCUUUUGACCAAAGAAUUCAUCUUCUCGGAGCUGCUAUCCAACCUGUACUCGCAUGGGGACCAGGACACGCCGAUGGAGCAGUCUACAGAGCAGGUGCAGCGGGGCAAUGAGAUGCUGUGCAUGCACCAUGUGCUGACAGAGGUGCUCAGCAUCAUCAGCGACAUCAACACGAUCACCAUCAGCAUGCCCAUGGGGGCCCGUGGAUGACUCUUGGCUGCAGGUGCAGAGCAUCCCGGCUGGAUGCAGCCCGAAAAGAAUGGCAUGCAGCCUCUCCUGCUCCUCGUGCCGCCUCUCCUGUACCAACAGCUUCUCCACCCAAGCCUGGGUGCUCCUGGGGAGUCCUGCGUUAGAGGAAGCAGCUGCUGGAUCUGCUGCGCAGUGGGGUUCUCAUGGGGAGAACCCUCCCUGUCCUCUCCUGGUGCAGCCUCCACGCUAUCAGUGAGGCUCACCUCACAAAGAUCUUCGGGGUGGGGGUGGGAAUCUGAACACAGUGCGAGCCUCCCCUGCUUCUGCCUGCCCACCCCGCCUGAGGGCUCUACUCACCACCCUGCUUGUCUGCACACCCAAGCUCCUGUGAGAUUAGGGCUUUUAGAGCGGUACACAGGUACUGGUCUGGCUGCUGCUGCAGACUUGGAGCCUCUUGGCUCUUCAGCUCCACCUGCCGGAAGACCCUGGGCAUGAGGGCAUGUGGUGGCUGGCUUCCAGAUUCCUGGCCCAUUAAUAGGGUAGCGAGGGCACUGUGGGGCACUGUGGCCUGCCCAGGCCCCUGGCCCCUUGCUCCAGGCCUAAGAGACUCUGCCUCCCUUGCCUAGAACCCUAUGCCUCCUUCCCCAGCCUCAAAUCUCAUGUCCAUUUUCCCAGCAUUUAAACUGUAGGCCACAGACUGGUGGAAAAGCAGGGGGAGCCAAUCACCAUCUGCUAAGUGUGCUACAUGCCUAAUGUUUCCACGUAUUAUCUCAUUUAAUCCUCAGCACCUCUGCAAGGAAAAGGCUAACUUCCUUUUGAAGUUAAAGAAACAGAGACUUAGAGAUGCAAAGUAGUUGAAUUAUGACCAGUGGAACUGAGGCCGGAAUCCAGUUUGAAUCUAAGGAGUCUUUUUUGUUUUUUUGUUUUGUUUUGAGACAGUGUCACUCUGUGUCCCAGGCUGGAGUGCAGUGGUGCAAUCUCAGCUCACUGCAACCUUCACCUCCUGGGCUCAAGUGAUUCUCAUGUCUCAGCCUCCUGAGUAGCUGGGAUUACAGGCAUGCACCACCAGGCCUGGCUAAUUAUUAUUAUUUUUUAAAUUUUAGUAGAGAUGAGCUUUUGCCAUUUUGGCCAUGCUGGUCUCAAACUCCUGACCUCAAGUGAUUGUCCUGCCUCAGCCUCCCAAAGUGCCGGGAUUACAGGCGUGAGCCACCACACCCGACACAAAGAGCCUCUUAUACCACUGUCUCUUCCUCUGCAAUUGGGGGGCUCCAUGCCUCUAGCUGGGAUGAUGAUGUCCAGACCUGGGAGGAGCCCAGGGCUACCCACCUCUAAAAGUCAGAGGGCAGGAAGCAAGAAACAGUCAUAGGACUGCCCUGGAGGGUGCUGGGGUCACCUGCCCCCGGGCUGCAACUGCCUCUGACCUGGCACCUCCCCUCCCCAGAGGCUGGUGCCCGCCUCCCAGCCCUUCUUGGAUGGGUCGGAGGUUACCGUCUCUUUCAGCUCACCCAGCUUCUUCAGCUCCUUUACUUGCUGCUCCAACUGCAGUGUGCUCUUGUUCUUGUUGUUCUGGACAGAGAGAAGCAAUCAGUGGCCACCCACUAAAACUGGAGACCCCAGAACUUGGUGUCUGCCUCCCAUGGCACCCGGAAGGGUGGAGACAGGUUAGAAAAAUCAUCCCCUCUCUCCCACAGCCAUCAGAGCGGGGCUCUGACUCACAGGUGCCUUUAGAAGUACCAUUUCAUGUGAAGGCUACAAUGCCCCAUUUUACAGGUGGGGAAACAAAGGCCUUGAGGGCUAGGGAAGAGGCAGCCUCCUCAGGUGGGGCAACGCACCAGCUCCUCAAAGCCGCUGUGUGGCUCAGCCCGCUGCUCGUAGAGGGCUUCCCACCCCAGCUCCAGCAUCCUCUCCAGCUCCCGCAGCCUCUCCAGCUCCCUCAGAGUCUCCUGCUGCCACAGCCUCUCAUCCUGUUCCCGAAGCCUUUCCUGUUCCAGCAGCUCCUCCACCUCAUCCAGCAGCCUCUCCCUCUCCAGCUACCUCUCCUGCUCCUCCUGCCGCCUCUCCUGUUCUAACAGCUUCUCCACCUCUUCCAGCAGCCUCUCCUGCCCUGGCAGCUUCUCCUGUUCACACAGCCUCUCCUCCUGUUCACGUAGCCUCUCCUCCUGUUCAUGUAGCCUCUCCUCCUGUUCACGUAGCCUCUCCUCCUGUCUUCUGUUCAGGAGACUCAACAUCUGAUUGUUUUCCACCUCGGCCUGGAGCUGUCUUCCCAGACUCUCCAGCUCCUUCCUUAGGUGGUUGGUCUCAUCUUGUAGCUGCUCCACCUUAGAGGGCCCUGCUGGCAGCUCUGGGGCCAGGGGUUCAGCUGAGAAAAGAAGCAGAAAAUAAGGGCCUCUGGAUUCUCAAAAAAAAAAAAAAAAAUUUCCCUUUGGUGCACAGCUCAUCCUCUCAGGCUUCCCAAACUUGGCCUCACUGCUAAUGAUUCCUGGCACCCAGAUGGUAGCCAAUCUUCCAAGUCACUUUCACAUAGAGAGCACUGUGGGUGGCUGACAAUGGGCCCUCCUCCCUCUUUACUGAUGGGGACACUGAGGCUCAUGGAGAUGACAAGACUUGCCAUCUGCUGGCACAGACCUCUUUCCCUCUGCCUCAAAGCCCUUCCAUCCACCUACCUCCCUGGGAUAUUCUAAGUCACCCCCACAGCCCUCUGAUGCCAGUCCUGCUCCCAGGUCACAUCAGCCCCAUCUUACCCUUCUGGUUUUUGAGUUUGAACAAGCUCCUCCCAAGCUUCUCUACCCGAUGUAUCUCAUGCUUCUUCUCUUCCUUCAAUGUGUGAACCUGCCCAAAGCACGGGGGGAAAGGGCCCUGGAGAGAGGGGCUGUUGAACCUCUAGAGACAGAGUUUGAGAAAGGCCCACCCCGAUUCUGCCAGCUUGUGAUUUAGAAAGGUGCAUUCAUUCAACAAACAUUUACUGAGCACGUAGAAGCCAGGUAGAGUUCUUCAUAGCAGAGACAUAAGACAGCAAAGCAGAGAUGGGAGCCCUUGGCCCUGAGGUUUUCAUUCUAGGGGCCUUUAAAUCUCAGACUUUCACAGCGAACGGAGACCUUUGAUACUCUCUACCUCCUCCAGAAACACGAGCAUAAAGAGGAGAGAUGGCUUGUCCAGACUCAAAAAGCAAAUUAGGGACUGAGGCAGGGCAGAAAUUCAGGCCCCUGACAACCAGUCAGGCUAGUGCUUCCUUGAGAGGUGACAACCCCAGGGUAUGUGUGGCAAGGAUAAGAGCAGGGGUGUCAGGAGAAGAGAGAGUCAGCAAAAAGGGCAGUGCAGAAGAGCCAUGCUGCAUGUUCUGUGCUCUGGGGUCCCUCCAGGUGAGACCUGGGUGCCCCAGCUCCCCAUUUGCCCUUGGCAUCAGGGGCCCCUAGCCCCUUUCUUCAGGGCCCCAAGGGGAAACGAGUCCAGGAUUGACAGGCUGGAAUCAGGGGACCCCACUGGACUCUUACCAGUGAAUUGAUGUUUUCACUGAGUUGACUGAUUAUUGUGGAGCUUGAGUGCAGGGCUACUGCUAGUUCUUGGUACUGGCUCUGAGGUGCAUGUAGAGAAGAGGAGUUGGAGGAAGAUUGUGGGGAGGGGUAGAGAGAACAAUCAUUAGGGCUGGUGGCGGGGGUGUGGGCUGUCUCAGCUGGCAGAGGGGUAACAAGCCCCUGCUGUGGGAGGAGGUUGGAGGGCUGGCCUACAGGGUCACUGCACCUCGGCCCAGGGCCUCUUACCUCCAGAUCCUUCAGGGUAGCAGAUGAUGCAGGGCCCUCCCUGUAGAUACCUGUUGCUCACUGCAAGAGAUGAGAGUGCACAUGGAGAUGUUCUGUCCCCCCUCACUGUCUAAGCCCUCUGACUUCCUUUCUUCCCCAUCAACUGGCAAAAGCUUCUUUUCUGCCUAUCUUGGACCCUUUGUCCCAUAACUCCUUUGUGCCAACUUCUCUCAUGGUUCUUAUCUCCCCACCAUCCCACCUGGGGCCCUUUCAGUGACUCUAAAGGGACAGCCUGAUGACAAGUGGCUCUUCUCAUUGGUCUGGCUUCCCCCUUGAGACUGGGGAUGAGGAAAAUCAAACAGCAAUGACCAUUUCCUGGGUGUCCUGGGUGUUUGCAGCAGGCCAUGUACUAAGGAUUCACAUAAAAGCAACAAUAAUGAAUCUCAUUUAAACUUCACAAAUGGAAGUCAAAAAAUACCACCUCUAUUAUACAGAUGUGAAAAGAGAGACCCAAAUACCUCAAGCAACUUGCCCUAAAUCAUAACCUAAUCAAUCCCUAAUCAAUCCUUAGCAGACGGAGAGGCAGGAUUCAAAUCCAGAAUUCUUAACCAGUACCCAACAGUCCAUCUACAAUCUACUGCCCCUUGGGCCCCCUGUCCCCAGGAGCCUGGCCAGCCAAGACUCACAUCCUCAGGUGAGUGGUAACCACCAGAAGUGGCUGUGUCAGGGCUACUGCCAUUGAUUUUCUUUUUCCUGUUAGCUCCUGCUGGAAUGCCAGAGCUCUUCCUCUGCUGAUAUUCUUUUAGCUGUGGGGAAAAAAGAGCAGUAACACUCAUGAGAACAAUCAGCCCCUAUAGCCACAUCCUCCUUUACAGUUUUGACAAAAUACUCUUAUACACCAUCUGAUUUAAUGCCACCAACAACUGUACAAGGUGUUGUCACAAUCACUUAGUGACUGAGAGGGAUUGAUAUCAUGGAUAGAAAAAAAAAGAAAGAAAUAAAAAGAUAAUACUGGAA